ACUUUUGCAUCGUUCCACGACUUUGUACUGUGAUUAAAACAUUUGAGCAUUAUGAGAUUGUUAAUGCUAGUGCUUCGACAUUUGAUUUUAAUUAUUUGAUCGUUACAUUUUUGUAUAAAAGAUUCUCUUUUGCGUUCUGUUUUUAUUUCCGAUCAGACAAAAGUUGUAUUAAUAAUUCAAUCAUUAUUUAAUAUAUUGUGAGGGGAAUUCUUGUUCCUUUCUGUUAAGAGAGGUAAACAACUAAGCUUAUCCAUGUUAUAUAUAAUAAUUAUUGUUACUUCGAUACAAGUAAACAUCUUGUCAUAUUCGCGAAAGUUGUUCAAUAGUAUAGACAUCUAUCGUAAAUUAAGAAUAUUAAAAUCAAGAUGAAUUCUUGAGAAAAAGAUUAUGUUAUAUCUGAAAACACAUAUAUUUAUCGGGUAUUACAUCAAGCUAUAUUAUUCCAAUUUUUUUAGCUUCUAUUUAUAUCCUACGUUUCUCUAUAUCUUUCCAUACGUGUAUGAAAAAUGUAUAGGAUUUAGGUGUUUCGCUCUCGCAUCGCAAGUGAAGUGAGAAAUAUACGAAUUUAUAGAAUAGAAAGCAGCUAGUUUCCCGCUAUUGUCCCACUUUUCUCUCUUCUCUGUACUCGAUAUUUUCUGUACUCUUCUCCACUAUACUUGCCUGCUAUAUAUAUAAUACUGCAAAUAAAUGCUAAUACGCCAUAUAUGGAUGACUUCUAUAAGUGUAAGUGUCGCGCAUUUAAUAAAUAAUUUUCUAACUGACAACAUUCGUUCGUUACAGAUUCAAACGUUUAAUAUUUCACGCUUUAAAUACGUGCGACGAUACCGUAACCGACGAGAACUUGGCCUAACAAUAAGAUGACGAACUGCUCAUAGUUUCUACGAUCGAUGUUACAUGACCCCGCUUAUUAGAUUAUAGACAAACUGAGAGCUGCGUUCUGUAAAUACGACAACGUUGGUUUCUACAAAGUCGUCGUAAUAGAAAACAGAUGUAAGCAUUUCUACUUGUUGCACUUGUAAUAGCAUUUGUAAUUCUCUAGCUUUCAGUGCGCGUUUCUAUGAUGCGUUAACUGCUCUGAUCAUUUUCUGUCGAUAUGCUUUGGUAGUUAGAAACGAAACUUUUUCGUUCAAACUCGUUCGAGGAUCGAAACGCGAUCGAAAUAAAGUGUUAACGUGAAUGCAAGGGAAGAACGAAGGACAGGUUCGUCUGUUUGAUAUUCGACAGAGAUACAGGCGACAGGUAGAUGAGGAUAAAGAAAGCAGGUGGAAAUUGUGUCAGUUUUUGAAGCGUCAACUCGCGGUACACGUAUAUAUACGCGGACGAACGUUUGCCAACAGACGGGAUAAAGUAAAGAGGGCCGACAGUGCGUGUUUAGUUUGCGUGUGUAGAAGGCACACGAUGAUCGAAAUCCGAAGGAGAGGAUUGUGCGGGAGGAAGGUGAAAGGCAAGAUUCAUUGAAAGGACGUAGCGGUGCGCGUAAAUCCAGCUGAGAAGCAGGUAGCCGGAGAGAAGAGCGCGAUGCGCAUAGAAUUUGGUAGCGCGAAGGCGUGCGCGGGCCGAUUAGAGGAUGCUGCGCGGCUUUCGCAAGCGUACAGAGCGAUCCAAGCGAGUCAGUCAGUCAGCCGCCCCGUCAACCAGCCACCUCGGUUAUCACGUAAGAGUCGUGAGUGGGGCUUUUGGAAAAGGCACGCCGCUGCUGCAGGAGUGGCUUGCUGCUUUCGGUAGUGGGGAUACUCGACGGCUCCAGACGGAAACAGAAAUAGAAGGGUGGAAGCGGACGAGAUAGAGGGACGCGGUCGGGGAGGAGAGACGAGGAGAAAGAGAGAAACCGAAUUAGAUGGCAACGGGCGAGAGGAGAUAGGUUGUCGGCGUUGGACGAAGAGAGAACAAACGAGGAAAGGAAGAAAGACAGGGCGAGGGGAGGCAAGGGGCGAGGGUACGCCAGAGGCGGAGGGAGAGAAUAGGAUAGAGAGGGUGGCAAAGCGCUGGAAGGGUGAAGAGAGCGGAGGGAUGGAGACCGUGAGAGCGUGAGAGGGUAGCGAUUGUGCUACAGUCGCACCGCGACACCCCCACGAGUGAAACCGCGCGCGUGCCAAUCUGCCCCCUUAGCCGUACGCACGAAAAGGGCCCGCGAACAGUGCUAUGCUUUUAAGGCUACGGCCAAGGAUUUCGUCGUUUGCCUCGUUUUCGUCGCUUCUCGAACGUUUCUUCGAACGCUUCCUCGAAUCCAUCUCCGAGCAGCUUUUAAUCGGAUUCCAGUGACUACUCAAGCUGUGAUAAUUGGUUAACGAUGAAACCAUAAAUUUGAGCCAUUCAAGGUGCCAACGCUAGCUAAUAUCAGUGAAAAGCUGCCGGCGGUCUACGCUUCCCCUUUUAAUGAAAGUGUACAGAUCAUCAAGUAGUGUGCCAAACUGUCAUCGCAAAAGUGGUUAAUUCUCAUGGCAGCACGGAAACUCGCAGCCCUCUUCACCGCAGUUCUGCAUCUUUGCUUAUGUCAGAUAACUCCAGAGCCGUUGCCAGAAUUUUUAGCUCCUUUGGAGAAUCACACAGUGAUCCAGGGCCGUGACGUCUUCUUCACUUGCGUCGUCAAUAAUUUACAUUCAUACAAGGUAGCUUGGAUGAAAUCCGAUUCUCGAGCAAUCUUGGCGAUACACACACAUUUAAUAGCGCAUAAUCCACGGCUCUCAGUUACACAUAAUGGGCACAAUACGUGGAAGUUACAUGUGUCAAAUGUUCAAAAAAAUGAUUCCGGUGCUUAUAUGUGCCAAAUAAACACCGAACCUAUGCAAAGUCAGAACGGUUACAUGGAAGUGGUAAUACCACCGGAUAUAAUGGACGAUAAGUCUGCCGAGGGUAUGGUAACUCACGAAGGUGGUGAAAUAAGAUUGAAAUGUGUUGCAACUGGCUCACCGCAGCCUACUGUCACGUGGAAACGAGAAGAUGGCCGGAACAUUAUUCUUCGCGAAGAUGGACAGAAACAAUCGUUAAAAACUUAUGUGGGUGAAACGCUAGAAUUGACUGGAGUUCUUCGACAAGAAAUGGGCACUUAUCUUUGCAUAGCCAGCAACAAUGUGCCUCCGACAGUCAGCAAACGUUACUCUGUACAAGUUCACUUUCCACCUGUUAUAAAAGUAACAAAUCAGCUAGUAGCAGCACCGGUCGAGAGUGACGUUGUUCUUCAAUGCCAGGUAGAAGCUUCGCCACAAGCGUUAAAUACUUGGCACCAAAAUACUGGUGAAAAGCUGCUGCCCAGUGAAAAAUAUAAAAUGUCAGAAUACGCGUUGAACGAUUACUCUUGGCAGAUGAAUCUUACUGUCAAUUCUCUGGAAAAAAGGGACUUUGGAGAAUAUGUUUGCUCGUCCGUAAACGCUCUUGGAAAAGCUGAUGGUAUCGUUCAUUUACAAGAACUACAUCUUGUUGCGAAAACAACUCCCAGUCCUUUUGUGAAAAUCACCGAUCAGAAACCAUCGAGAAAGAAACCUAUACUAAAAGGGAGAAAGAAGAACAGCAACAGCAACGGCAGAAGAAUUCAUAUGGGCAGUUUCGACGAUUUCGAUUCCUCUGGAAACGACGACGAUUUCAGUACUACACAAAUCAUGGGCGGUAGCACACUUCAGGAAGGCCACAGAACAGAAAGGCCAUUGAUAUCACCAUCGCUACCCCCACCUUGGGUGAAUAUAAACACAGCCAAUUGUAGGCAUCAUUUAGUAUCGAUCACGCUAUUCUUUCCGUUAUUCAUCUUAACUAUGAUAUUUGUUCCUUAAAAUAUACAUUCUUACGAAAAAAAAAGUUUGACAACGAAAUUCAUGCAGAUAAGAUUGGAAACGAUUCGGGAAUACUAUAGAGAAUAAUAAAUAUAUUUGAUUCGUUCUUCGUAGCACGAGACUAUGAAAACGUGCUUGUAUUAAAAUAAAAAAUGUGGUAUUGCUUUUUACGAUUGGUACAUGCGACGGAGAGAAAACAAUUUAUAUAAUAAGUAUAAUAAGUAUAAAAUUUUAUUCAUGUUACGUGACGACAAUAAUCCGACUUCGAACGAUAGUACAAUUUAUGUUUAUCCGAGCAUUAUAGCAAAAGAAACAUAAGAACUGAAUGAGUAAGUUCUAUGACAAAUUUUAUUAUUGAUUCUUAGGAAAACUAAUAUUUUUAAUAUGACAAUUUUAUACUGAAAGGUACAAGAAUUGAAACAAUUACCUAGAAUUCUGUAUUGAAAUUUUAAAAAUUUUCUUCUUAACGAUCCAAAAAAUAACAAUCAUUAAUUAAAAGAAAACUGUAAAUUAUUCGUGCUGUAUCUUAAUCUGGAAUACUAAUAAACAUUUCUAA